GUCCCGGUCCAUACCCCAGCAAUUCCUACUCACAGCGCUUCAGAGAAUCGUAUUAACUCUCCCUUCGACUUAUGCUUGAAAAUCGCUACUUGGCCUUCAACCUCGAAGACACCGGGCACUCGGAUGCGCCUCGCCACGUUCGGGACGUCCCUAUGGUCGAAGAGAACUAUGCUCCUCCGGGUGCUUCAAACCUCGUGGAUGCUCUUAUGCUGAUGCAACUCAACUGGAGCGAUACUUACAUCGUGCUCGCUUCGGGCGACACGCUUCCCCAAUGCCCUGACGGAUUUGUGCCGGAUUGACUACCCGCUCAAAACUCGGAUGCGUAAUACUCCUCUCGCGGUUGGAAAGUCAAGGGUGCACGCGUGUGAAGCUACAUACGUGCGGUUCUUCGAGGCCCACAUUGUCAUCAGCGCGGCUUCGGCCUUCUUGGUUCUCACUCUUUUCCCGGUGAGUACGACUUUCUUUCUUCAGCGGAGCGAGCACGAGAGAUCAGGCUCGAACCCUUCAGAGGACCUUGAUCACCCUUCCAGGUUUCUGAUGCGCGUCAACGGAAGGGUUGUUGAGUUUGCCGAAACAUAACUUCUAGCGCGCGACUCGCUGACCGUCAAACGCUACUUGCGCUUUUUCCGAGACCGCAAUCCUCUUACCGCGCCGCCGCCGCGGGCUGGCUACUGGCUUCAGAGCGGA